GCCCAGCAGCCACUCAAACCGGAAGCGGAAGUAGAACGCAGGUUUCCGUUUGUGCCCGUUUUGUUCGACUGUGAGUUCGGGGGUCCUCCCGCUAACGUCACGGCCAACGGGGAGCGUGUGGGUCGACGUGAUGUGACUGGUCGACAGUCGUUUCUGAUGAUUGAUCUUCAGAAGAGCUUCGCGCGCUAACUUUGAGGACGUAUCAGCGCUCUCCGCCAAUCAGAACGGAGGGCACCCCACAGCACGUGACCAUCCGCAUGUGGUCGUCUGAGUCGACAUGGAGGCGGACGUAGCAGACAGAGUUCUAGUGGGCACGAGGCAGGAGGUGCGCUUCAGGGAAGUGGGCUGCCAAUGGGAGAGCCCGGCGGAGCAGCGGAGGGAGGCGGGCUGCCAGAGCGAGCCCACCCCCACCGCGGAAGCCGGCGUCCAGGUGGAGCUGCCGGGCCAGCCGGCCCGCUCAGGACAGGCAGACUUGUCUGCUCAGCUGCUCAGCUGCAACUCUGCCAACCGCAGCCUGGUGCUUCAACACAGCUCCACCAACCGGACCAGAACACGAACUGUCCGACCUGCUGUCAGGCUUUUAGCUGAACCCGUCCAGACCAAGCCCAGAGUCCGCAAGAGACUUUUGCCUCAGAGUUCUGAUCCAGCAGAGUCGAGUCAGCCGACCCAGCGCCGCCGUCGCAGAUCCACUGAGGUGCCGCAAGAAGAAGGGGACAUUGGUGAUCCCCUCUGGACUCCAUCUGAAGGAGGCGUUGACGCCGUGUCCUCACUUCCGCCGGACGCCCUGGAUGGAUCUCUGAAGCAGGAGCUGGACAGCACCGUGUGUGACGUCUGCGGCAAAGUGAUGAAGAACAAGUCCAGCCUGGCGCGGCACUCCUUCAUCCACACGGGGAAGAAGCCGUUCUCCUGCCACCUGUGUGAGCUGCGCUUCAACCGCCGCGACAACCUGCAGCACCACCUCAGCCGGCUACACCCCGACGGCGUGGCCAAGCUGGAGAAGCAGCGCGCCGCCACGCCCUGGCUCUGCGCCGUCUGCGGGAAAACCUUCAGCUGCAGGUCUCGGCUGCAAACCCACGAAGUCAUCCAUUCGGGCGUCAAGCCGCAUCGCUGCGACCUUUGCCCCAAAGCCUACAUGAGAACCAAUGACCUGGAGCACCACAAAAAGGUGGUCCACUCUGACAGCAGCAGGCCGCAGAGACCCAGUUCGCUGCUCUGCCACCUCUGUGGCAAGGAGUUCAAGUGCCGCUCACAGCUCGCCGUGCAUUUCCAGACGCACUCGGGCGAGCGGCCGCACCUCUGUGACAUCUGCGGCCGCAAGUUCAGCCGGCAGUACCAGUUGAGGCGCCACAAAGUCCUGGUCCACAGUGGCCUUGGGAACGGCGAGGAGAACGUACCGCCUGACGCGCCGUACACCUGCGGCGUCUGCGGGAAGCGUGUGACGACCGAGGCGCUCCUGCUGGCUCACACUCGCAUCCAUUCAGGUGACAAGCUGCACCGCUGCAGCGCCUGCCCCCGCAGCUUCCAGCGUGUGGCGUUCUUGAGGCAGCAUCACGCCCGCGUGCACCUGCGGGCUAGAGGCGGCGAGGUGCAGCCCGCUGCUCGCCGCAGGAGAAGCACGGCAGAGAGCGACGCCUUCCCCUGCCCCGUGUGCGGGAAAGUGUUCAGGUUCAGGUCCCUGCUGGCCAGCCACGCCCUGAUCCACAGCGACGUGCGGCCCUUCGACUGCGACCUUUGCAGCCGCAGCUUCCGCCGCCUCAGCCACCUGAAGCGCCACCGCGAGGUGGUCCACGACAACGGCGCACGCCUGCCCGAGAGUUUCAUCUGCCACAUCUGUGGCGUGGACAAGAAAUGCCGCUCGCAGCUCGCCAGACACGUCAUCAUUCACACAGGUGAGCGGCCCUUCACCUGCGACCUCUGCCCCGCACGCUUCAACCGCCGCGGCAACCUGCAGCAGCACAAAAGACGUAUGCACGGCAUAAGACAGCCCACUGCAGAGGAAGCCCCGCCCAUUCUAUUCGAUGAGGAACAGGAAGAGGCAGUUGACACUGCCGAGGUGGCGAGCGGCUUUGAGGACGCUCCCAACGCCGAGCUGCUAGACGCCACAUGAAGGUAGUUCUUCCCUAGAGACGGGAAUGUCACAGUCCAGACUGUUCAGAUGAGGACCUGAUCCACUCAUGCUCACAGUCGGGGAAAGGGGCGGGACUCUGAGCGUCUGCUGAGGUCCUACUUGGACAGGAAAUGCCGUGGGUCAUUAGUCCACGUUUGAAUGAAAACGCCACUCCAUCAGGGGUGACAUGCUAACCAGCAGUCCACCUGCUGAUUGACAGGUUUGAGCAAAAGGAGGGGCGAGGAAGAGUAGAGUCAAUAAAAAACUGCAAUCAACCGGG